CCACAACCUUACUAGUAGUACCUCCCCUCUCUUUUCAUACAAUCUCACCCUUCUUUCUCAUCUGCCUUCUUGUCACCUGUGUAUAUUGAACGAAUUACCUCCCCGAACCGACACUACUCGGCAGAUGGCAAUUGAUUGAGCAUUGCUCUGACGACAUAGACAUAUCCCCUGCCUUUUCCACCGUCGUCCGUUGUCAUGCCUUCGUUUGAGUCCCUCCCCGACGAGCUGAUUCACCAUAUUCUUCACUACCUCGCACCCGAGCAGACUCUGACCGCCUUUGCACUCGUCUCUCGCCGAUUUUGUAACAUUGCGCACGAGCCUCUGUUAUGGAAGUACUACUGCCAGACCGCUUUCAGGUAUUGGCAGGCCGAGCAUCGCUUUCACGACAAGGUGCACGGCAAUCUGCAUGACGUCGAUUGGAAAUCCCUAUAUCUUUUGCGCCUGAGGCGCAACAGCCGCAUCGCCAACCUCAUUGAUGGGAUUGUGGCCUCGCGCGUGUCACGUCUUGAGAAGACCGAGCAAAUCUGUCAAUAUGGCUAUGAUGCAAAGGAUUACCUCCUAACGCAAUGUCGCAUAGACGAAUCUGCUGAAGAUGUCCUGGCUAGACGGUACUAUUCUUGCACAGUUCUGGAUAGCAUUCAUCGAGGACUCGCCAUCGAAGAAUGGGCUAAAUAUCAAAAAUACACCGGUCGGCGUUUCGACCAGAACCCCUCCAAUGUUGAAAGACUGAAUGGUGGCAUGAGAUUAGAGCGCGCACUUGGUGCAUUCGACAUGUUCAUGCUUCACGAUAAUGAAGGCGACUUGGAUGAGAUUUGUGAGCUUCUCGACGACAUUUCCUCUCGCUUUCGCGCUGCCAAUCCCGAUUUAGACCAAGCCACCACCCGGGAAAAGGCGACUGCUCUUGCUCGGUGGUUACACGCCAAUAACAUGACUGGCUUGAACGACCCCACCGAAGAGACCUAUCGCUACUUGCGUAAUUGCCUCAUUGGCAGAGCGCUUCGCGAUGAUCAGCACACGUCGCUUCCCAUCAUUUCGGCUGCCAUUUAUUCAGCUUUGGCUUCGCGGUCCGGUUUCGAAGCCUACCCAUGCGCUUUACCUAAUCAGGUUCAUGCUAUUGUGCUCUCACCACCCGGAAUAUCUUUGGAUGGGGCACCUCUUCCUUCAGAUGUGGCCGAACAGCAGCAAAGCAUGUUUCUUGACCCGUAUGGGUCAGACGAGGAAGUUCCUAUUGAUCAUAUUCAGAAUAUGCUUUUCAGGCUAGGAAUCUACACUGGCCACGAUGAUAUGCUUACACCCACAUCAACUGAUCUGAUCGUCAUGAGGACCGCCCAAAAUAUCAGGGCCUCAUUCACUAGUUUCCGGACAAUCGAUCGACCCCUGUCUCAGCUGAUCCCCAUGAUUGAACUUAAUAGAGGAGACUGGGCGCGUAAUCUUCAACCGGCACUAUAUAGCAUGAUUUGGGCCAGUAUCAUGAUGGUGCCAAUUCUUCCCGACAAUGACGAAGUGCGCUGGGAUUGGCAGCAGGAUGUCCGAGAUCUGCUGACAUAUUUUUACGAAUACUUCCCGGAGGACUCCUGGCUGAUAGAAAAGUAUGUCUGUCCGAUGUAUGACACCUUUGCGGCUCCUUCACGACGCCAGAGCAGUUGGGAGCUUCCCUCGAAACGGGUUCGCGAUCAGAUCAAAGAUAUCCGCCGUGUAGACGCAUCUACUCGUGCACCACGGCGGCGUAGCGAUCUCGCCCCGGGCAUCCACGUCAAGUUUCGGGUCGGUCAGGUUUUCAAACACAAACGUUAUGACUAUCACGGCAUUAUUCUUGGAUGGACGACUGAGGGUGCAGGAGGUAUUGCCAAUUGGGACCAGAACUCUUCAUUACGCGAUUCGUGGCAUGGAGUUAGUGAGCCUUAUUAUCGGUGCAUGGUGGGAACAGACGGAUCUGAUCACCACAUCAUCGCCGAAGGCAGCAUCGAGGCCGUCGAGCUUCGCGGCGGGCUCGAGGUCCUACCUCCUGAGAUCAAGGAUCUUGUCCCAAUGGCUGGCAAGUUCUUCAAGCGGUGGGAUGGCGAGAACGGUGUCUUUGCGAGCAAUCUCAAGGAGCUGUUUCCCGAAGACUGAGUGCCCAUCAUGGAUGAGUACCUGGCUCUUUAGAUUUCAUCAAGGAUUAAAGAAUGGGUUGAAAGUAAAUGUGUCAUGCGAAAAAUGAGUAAGAAGUCUCAAAAAUUUUGGAUACAUGGAUUAAAUGAGUGUGUGCGCGCAUUCAAUUCAUUUAUUCCAUUUUGUACGCGUUCAUGCCGUUACGAAGAAUUGCAUUGUCUGGUUGGUUGGUUGCUUGGCUUCCCUUGGUUUUUAUUCCAAAUUGUUAUAUAUACAUUUAUCCCUGCAUGGUGAGACGGUGAUGGCGUUGACAAGAGGUCAUCGGCUCUUUCUUAUUGCAUUGCCCUCGCCUCUAGCAUUUCUAGAUGCUUGAUUAUAUGUAUACCCCCCAUUGAACAUCACGCUCCCUGGUAUUUUACACUUU